AGGGCUCAUCCUGCGAAGAGCUCAGAAGUUCCCUGUCCUGGCUUCCUGUGGUAGAUUCAGUGAGAACCCGCGAGGGAGCAGCGAGGCCCGGGGGUCUGCAAGCCUGAGCAGCCCCCAGGAAGUGAAUUUCGACUCUCGGGGAACCUGGAAUACGGAGAAGCCUCGGGGCUUGGAUCUAAAACAAGCUGGAUCAGGAUGCGGGCUCCGGGAGCGGGGACGGCCUCGGUGGCCUCGCUGGCGCUCCUCUGGCUGCUGGGGCUUCCGUGGACCUGGAGCGCGGCGGCGGCGUUCGGUGUGUACGUGGGCGGCGGCGGCUGGCGCUUCCUGCGUAUUGUCUGCAAGACGGCGAGGCGGGACCUCUUUGGCCUCUCAGUUCUGAUACGUGUGCGCCUGGAGCUGUGGCGACACCGGCGUGCAGGAGACACGAUCCCACGCAUCUUCCAGGCCGUGGCCCGGCGGCAACCAGAGCACCUGGCGCUGGUGGAUGCCAGCAGCGGCGUGUGCUGGACCUUUGCACAGCUGGACACCUACUCCAAUGCCGUGGCUAACCUGUUCCACCAGCUGGGCUUCACGCAAGGCGAUGUGGUGGCCGUGUUCCUGGAGGGCAGGCCUGAGUUCGUGGGGUUAUGGCUGGGCCUGGCCAAGGCUGGUGUGGUGGCCGCACUGCUCAAUGUCAACCUGAGGAGGGAACCUCUGGCUUUCUGCCUGGGUACAUCAGCUGCCAAGGCCCUCAUUUAUGGCGGGGAGAUGUCAGCAGCGGUGGUGGAGGUGAGCGAGCAGCUGGGGAAGAGCCUCCUCAAAUUCUGCUCUGGAGACCUGGAGCCCGAGAGCCUCCUGCCCGACACGCAGCUCCUGGACCCCAUGAUCGCAGAGGCGAGCACCACACCCCUGGCACAAGCCCCCAGCAAGGGAAUGGAUGAUCGACUGUUUUAUAUCUAUACUUCGGGAACCACGGGGCUUCCUAAGGCGGCCAUUGUGGUGCACAGUAGGUACUACCGCAUCGCAGCCUUCGGCCACCACUCCUACAGCAUGCGUCCCGCUGACGUGCUCUACGACUGCCUGCCGCUCUACCACUCCGCAGGGAACAUCAUGGGUGUGGGGCAGUGCGUCAUCUAUGGGCUGACCGUGGUGCUGCGGAAGAAGUUCUCUGCCAGCCGCUUCUGGGAUGACUGUGUCAAGUACAACUGCACGGUAGUGCAGUACAUCGGUGAGAUAUGCCGCUACCUGUUGAGGCAGCCGAUUCGCGACGUCGAGCGGCGGCACCGCGUGCGCCUGGCUGUGGGUAACGGGCUGCGGCCGGCCAUCUGGGAGGAGUUCACGCAGCGCUUCGGUGUGCGGCAGAUCGGCGAGUUCUACGGUGCCACGGAGUGCAACUGCAGCAUCGCCAACAUGGACGGCAAGGUCGGCUCCUGUGGCUUUAACAGCCGCAUCCUCACGCACGUGUACCCCAUCCGCCUGGUCAAGGUGAAUGAGGACACGAUGGAGCCGCUGCGGGAUGCCCAGGGCCUAUGCAUCCCGUGCCAGCCUGGGGAGCCCGGCCUUCUCGUGGGUCAGAUCAACCAGCAGGAUCCUCUGCGACGCUUCGAUGGCUACGUUAGCGACAGCGCCACCAGCAAGAAGAUUGCCCACAGCGUAUUCCGCAAGGGCGACAGCGCCUACCUCUCAGGUGACGUGCUGGUAAUGGACGAGCUGGGCUACAUGUAUUUCCGUGACCGCAGCGGGGACACCUUCCGCUGGCGCGGGGAGAACGUGUCCACCACAGAAGUGGAAGCUGUGCUGAGUCGCCUGCUGGGCCAGACGGACGUAGCCGUGUACGGGGUGGCUGUGCCAGGAGUGGAGGGCAAAGCCGGCAUGGCAGCCAUCGCAGAUCCCCACAGCCAGUUGGACCCUAACUCCAUGUACCAAGAACUGCAGAAGGUUCUGGCGUCCUAUGCCCGACCCAUCUUCCUGCGUCUUCUGCCGCAGAUGGAUACCACAGGCACCUUCAAGAUCCAGAAGACCCGGCUGCAGCGGGAAGGUUUUGACCCACGCCAGACAUCAGACCGGCUCUUCUUCCUGGACAUGAAGCAGGGCCGCUACCUGCCCCUGGACGAGGGAGUGCAUGCCCGUAUCUGUGCUGGAGACUUCUCACUCUGAUGGCCCUGCGAGUGGAAUGGGCCUGGACUCCUGAGCCCUGGGCACCACCUGACCAGCAGCUCUGGAGGGCAUGAGAAACUGGAACCCGAGCGGCCAGGUGUCUCUUCCCCACAUCCUACUGUGCAUCCAUCCGGCCUCCGCCUUUCUGUUUUUCUCCGUCUCUUCUCCCCACCCACCAGGAACCCAACAGGCACAUCCUGGCUGCUGUGUCCUGCACUGGGACCAGUGUCCAGUGGUCCAGACUGUAGCAUCUACCUCCCUCACCAUUGUGCCUUAGGGACCUGUCCUCAGCUCCCUGUGGAGCAGGUGGCCCAUCCAGCUGACCCUCCCCGCUGAGGGUCUGUAGCUCAGUCCACGGUAGCUGGGCGACAUUGGCACUCCCCCACUGACCCCCAGUCAACUGGAAAUCUUAUGUUUUUUGUUUUUUUUUUUCGAGACAGGGUUUCUCUGUGGUUUUGGAGCCUGUCCUGGAACUAGCUCUGUAGACCAGGCUGGUCUCGAACUCACAGAGAUCUGCCUGCCUCUGCCUCCUUAUGUUUGUUUUGAGGCAGUGUCUCACUGUUGAGGCCAAUCAGGCCUCAAACCCGCCAUCCUACUGCCUCUGCUAGUGAGUGCACCACCCUGCAGUCCAGUCUGAGAGGAUAACAUGUAUGCACUAUUGUCCCUAGGCCCCCACUUUCCGUCAUGUCCUGGAAGCUUCCGGAACUGACUGACUACUUGGAUGUGACUAGUGAUGGCCCUGACCCUAGCAAAGCUUGGGUGUCUUGUUUCACAGCAGGAGAGACCCAAGAAGACUGCUGUGGCGUUCUCUUGGGCAGACCUGGUGGCAGCCCUGGAAGUGCUUCCCUAAUGCAGACAGCCCAGACCCUGUUGCUUCUGGCUCCCACAUUCCCCAUUGGGUCAUCGGUGACUCAGCUCAGUCACCAAGCCAGGCUUCUGCCACAUGAUGGGUGUGAACAGCACAGCACCCACAAGCUGCCCGCGAUCCUCCACACACAAAUGUCAUUUAAGAAAUAAAAAUGCUGAGCCUUGUCACCUGCCAGAGCACAGCAUCUCU